UUAUUCGAAAUGUAGCCUAAAAUAAACAAAUGAAAAUUCAUUGGCAGGUGAGCUCGUACACGAGAACAAAAUGAAACCAAUUUCAUCUUUUCAAACUCCACAAAAACCUCAAUUCUCCAAAAACCCACAAAUUAUUUUGCUCUGUUAAUUUUACAGUUAAAAUGAAUGCUGGUGUUUUUAAUCCAUCUUCAUUUAUCACUACUUAUAAUAAACGUUCAUAUGCAGGCAUAUAUACUCGUCAAUUAAGAAUCCCCAUUAAAUUAUCUCCCAAAAACCUUCAUUACUCAUGUGGGGUUGCUUCAAAUUUCAAUCUUUAUUACAAUCCCAAGUGUAAUUUUAGUACUAGGAUUUGUUGUCUAUCUGUUCAAGAACCAAAUGGGGAGUUUCAAAAUACUCAAGAUUCAUUUGGGUCAAGUUUAAAAUUACCAUUUGUGCAUUUUUUGCUUAAAAAAAGGUUGAUUUUAGUUGCUGCAAUAUGUGGGGUUGCUUCAAAAUUCAAUCUUUUUUACAAUUCCAGGUGUAAUUUUAGUAGAAAUGGUAUAAAUGGGGUGUUUCAGAAUGUUCAAGAUUCAUCUUUAGAAGUACAUUCUGUGCUAAAAAGGGGGUUGAUUUUGGUUGCUGCAAUAUGUGGGGUUUUUGGAAUUGGGUGUCAAAGAGUGCUUGCUGUUGAAGAGGUUUUAAAUGUGGGAAAUGGAGUUUUAGAACAGGGUUUGGCUCUUUUAAGGAGUUAUUGGCCUACAGUUUUGCAGGUUCUUAAGAUGUUUAAAGAACAAGGUUUAGUUCUUGCAGCACUUCUUAGUCUCUCUGCAUUUUUCUCAAUGGCUGAGACAUCAAUAACUACGCUUUGGCCGUGGAAGGUACGAGAGUUAGCUGAAAAAGAAUCUGACAAUGAAGGAGUCUUCAAAAUGUUGAGGAGUGAUGUUACUCGAUUCCUUACAACUAUACUCAUUGGAACAACCGUUGUCAAUAUUGCAGCUACAGCAUUAGUUACUGAGGCUGCAACUGCCGUAUUUGGUGAAGCUGGUGUGAGUGCAGCAACGGGAGUUAUGACGGUCGCGAUCCUUCUACUAACGGAAAUUACUCCAAAAAGCAUUGCGGUUCACAAUGCCACAGAAGUUGCUAGGUUUGUGGUUAGGCCAGUUGCAUGGCUUUCCUUGAUACUAUAUCCAGUUGGAAGAGUUGUGACAUAUCUAUCAAUGGGAAUGCUAAAACUCCUCCGCUUGAAAGGCAGUAGUGAACCAUUGGUCACUGAGGAUGAAUUGAAGUUGAUGCUUCGUGGGGCGGAGUUAAGUGGCGCAAUUGAGGAGGAAGAGCAGGAUAUGAUUGAAAAUGUGUUGGAGAUAAAAGAUACUCAUGUCAGAGAGGUAAUGACACCUCUUGUUGAUGUUGUUGCAAUCGAUGCCAGUGCAACAUUAGUUGAUUUCAAUAGUUUGUGGGUGACACAUCAGUACUCCAGGGUGCCUGUUUUUGAGCAACGUAUAGAUAAUAUCGUUGGCAUUGCAUAUGCUAUGGAUCUCCUAGAUUAUGUACAAAAGGGAGAAAUGCUGGAAAGUUCUAUUGUGGGAGAUAUGGCACAUAAACCUGCGUACUUUGUUCCCGAUUCUAUGUCCGUGUGGAACCUUCUUAGAGAGUUCCGGAUCAGAAAAGUGCACAUGGCUGUUGUUCUUAAUGAAUAUGGAGGAACCAUUGGAAUUGUAACCCUUGAAGAUGUGGUCGAGGAAAUUGUUGGUGAAAUCUUUGACGAAAAUGAUUCAAAAGAGGAAAUCCAGAAAAAAACUGGCUAUAUUGUCAUGCGGGCUGAGGGAAUAUACGAUGUUGAUGCAAACACCUCGAUUGACCAGCUCUCUGAAGAUCUCAAUAUUAAAAUGCCAGAGGACCAUCAGUAUGAGACAGUCUCUGGUUUUGUCUGUGAAGCAUUUGGAUAUAUUCCAAGGACGGGUGAGACGAUUAGGGUUAUACUGGAAAGGGGAAAUGAAGACGAGGACAACAAUUACAAUGGCACAGAAUCUGAUCGAGCAGACCAAAAUGAGAAGAACCAAAUUUUUAAGCUUGAGAUAUUAGCAGGGAAUGCCAGAAAGGUCAGUGCUGUUCGAUUUGAACGGAUCAGUGAUGAUGUAGAAAUGGAAACUAAUGAGGUUACACGCCUCGUUCCCAAAAUAAUGACUAGGAAGCGGAAAAGUAAUGGAGGUUCAGAUCGAAACAAUCACAACGACAUCUCUUUUAUGGAGAGGAGAGAUGAGGAUGACCAUUCCAACAAUUUUGUUAUGGCUGAACGCGAGGAUGAUUCCAACAAUUUUGUUAUGGCUGAAAGCGAGGACAACCAUGAUAUUGCAAAGAAACAAUAAAUGCAUGAGUUUAUUGCAUUCUUUACUUAAAUUUGAAUGUAAAUCCCGUGUCAAAGUCUUCGGAUAGUGUUCUUAAAUGUCAAAUGUAGUAGUAGUUGCGCUGCACUAACCAUCAGGUAAACGAGGUCUUUUGGUGGUCCUGAGGAAGGAGGGGAAGGCGUAAAUAAUGUAUUUUGCGUAUGGUUCUUAGUCUUAUACCUGUUAGUAUUAUGUUUUUGUCGAUCAUAGGAAUCCAUUAAUUUUGUUAAAUUUUCGAAAGUUAGCAUACUCCUGCGAGACUGUAGCUGCUCGAAUCACUUUGACAAAGCAGUUUUCAAUCCGAACUAUGCUGUGUAAAUUUCUAAGUUAUAAAGUUAUCCUAUUGACCUUUUAUAA